AUGGUCGUAGACACCGGAACAGUGAGAUUAGUUAUAUUUAUUGGAAUGUUCCUAGUAUUCGCUGGGGAUUAUACUAGUCUCAUAAAUUCUGUUUUUGGCAAUGGAAUGGAACGUGCUAACUCGUCUAUAAGGUUGCAAACUUCGAGCUCUAACACUGAACGUGAUUCGUUGAUUACUGACGGUAAAAAAUUAAAUGAUGACAAUGAAAUGUCACGUAAAGAACAAAUAAUGACGACAAUAAAAACCGCAUGUCUGCCAAAACUUAUUUGCGAGUUAACGUCAUCGUCGCAUCAAGUGCAAUUAAGUGAGAUGGAAAAAUCACUCCUUAAUUUAAUCAGAGAUACAAGUUUAUCAACAAUGGCGGAAGUUGCUUCAAGGUAUCACUUUGCCGCACAUAUGGGUCAACUUAUUGCCGGUAUCGAAGGUCAAGGCUGCCAUAACUUUUAUCCUACGUGCCCGUUACCUCGUUCCAGUGUUCUCAGUAUGAUGAAAAAAAUCCGUCUACGUUAA